CGUGGUCACCUGACCGCGCUGCCAGGCUGUGCGCGUCGCGAGAAGAGUGGCGCGCCCUUUACCGUGUUGUGUCAGGAAGAAAUGGAAGCUGGCAAUGCACGAAUUUGAUCAUUCAGAGAUCCGAACAGUUGAGUCUGUGAAUGGCGCCAAAACAGGACCCUAAACCUAAAUUUCAAGAAGGUAAUGUGCACGGAAUGAUGAACUGUAAAAGUAAAAACGUAGCAACACCCUGUUGUCUCGUGUGUGAAAAGGCAUCGACGCCUCUGUUCGCUAUGGCGCUUCUCGCGCAGAGCACGUUAGCCAGCUAGCUAGAACAGUCUGCCCUGCUGGGAUGCUAAGCUGCUAGAUAUAUCAUCAAUAUGAAAAUGGCCUGAAUAAUGUAUUGAGAAAUGUAAGUGUCAUAUACCAUAAGUAGGGUAAUAAUACACUUUAUUUUCGUAUUCAUUCAGCCAGCUAGUUAGACUGUUUGCGCUAACUGGCUGUGUUGAAACAAAAAGCUAGCUAGCUAAUUGCUAACGUGUAAACAAUCCCUUGCCAAGGGCCUUGGCUUGAAUAGCUACUGUAGCUAGCUAGCUUACUAUGUAAUUGUGUUACUAUUGCAUUUGCUUUAUAAUUUGGCCACAAACAAAAUACAUUUAGCUACACCUUAGCAAGCCACUGGUAUUCAAGGUUUGUUAAUAUAACCAUCCAGCAUGUAUUUUUUCUGUUUUCAGGUGAAAGAGUUCUGUGUUUUCAUGGGCCAUUGCUUUACGAAGCAAAGGUGGGUUUAGAUUAAUUCCACCAAUCUAAAUGGCAGUCAACUCGUGCUCACUAAACAAUAAACCAUUUACAGUAGCCUAUACCAUCAUAUUUAUUAAAAAUUCUUAAUGACUGUUGUAUUUCAGGCGGUGAAAACCAAUAUCAAGGAGAAGCAAAUUAAGUACUUCAUUCAUUACAGUGGAUGGAACAAAAAGUGAGUCAUUUUUGCAUUGUUGGCUUUUCAAAUAAUAAUAUAAUAUAUGCCAUUAAUAAGACACGUGUAUCUAAAGUGACUUACAGUCACUUUAGAUACAGGAAUUUAAUCCACUACCCUGGCGUUGCAAGUACAUGGUCCAACACAGCGUUUUCCAAACUCUUGGGGACCCCAAGGGGUGCACGUUUUGGUUUUUGCCCUAACACUACACAGCUGAUUCAAAUAACCAACUUUGAUUAUUUGAAUCAGCUGUGUAGUGCUAGGGCAAAAACCAAAACAUGCACCCUUUGUGAAACGCUUCUCUAACAUCUGAGCUAAAGGACAUGUACUGUCUCAAUGUAGACAGUACUGUUGUCGCUAUGGCCCAUCUUUUUAUUAAUGUUUACCUCAGCCACAGACCUAACAUUCAUGUAUUGUUUCAAUAAAUCUAAACUGACAGCAAUCUGAAUGUGGUUGAUUUCUUUCUGUUUUAGCUGGGAUGAAUGGGUUCCUGAAAGCAGAGUUCUCAAAUAUGUGGACAGCAACCUGCAGAAACAAAAAGAGCUUCAAAAGGCUAAUCAGUGAGUUCAUCUAUCAUUUACAGACAGAUUUUGUGUGGGGUGGGGGAAGUGUUUUAAUGUAUGGAAUGUACCUACUGUGUCAACAUUGUAUGCAACCUGCCAUUGAACGAAAUACAAGAAUGAGAUUCUAUAUGUCAAUCAAUGUCUCCCCAGAAAUGCCGACGAUGACUCGAAGAUGGGAGAACAUAAAAAGUGAUUCCACUUAUUUUAAUAAUGAACCACAAUAGUAAUCUUUAUGUAUAUAGCACCUAUGAUACAAUACUUGCAGCCCACAGUGCUUUUACUUGUAAGCACUAGUUGAACAUAAAACAUACUGGUUAAAAGAACGAUACAUAAAAUGAUCAGUUUACAUGAGAAGACAAGAUGUUAAAACAAGUAUUUUUGAAGGUUAUUGUAGUUCAUGGCCUGGUUUCUUGGCGUUGUUCCUUUCUCUUGCAGGCAUUAUGAUGUUGAGGGAAAGAUGAGGGGUGUAGCACCGAGCAAGAAGAUUGCUGCUGUGCAGCAGAAAAAUGUUGAUCUGUAAGUUUGUUCUUUUUUCUUUCAAAGUUUGACCUACUUUCAAGCUUUCACAAAAAGAAUUGAACAACUCCUUUUUAAUGCAGUCUUUUUUUCUUCUUCAGGAAAGCGAAAAAGACAAAACUAAAGAGUAAGUAAAAAUGUUAGUCCCACUAGUUUCUGAUACUAGUUAAUUUAACCCUUUAACAUUCCUUUAUGGAUAGAGUUUGAUUGUGUGUCUGUUCCAUUUGUCUUUUGUGCAGCACCAGGGGCUGGAGAAGGCACCAGCACAGGGGAGAUGCCACAGCCACCGCGGAAGAAGAGGGCCCGUGUCGACCCAACUGUGGAGAGUGUAUGUCCAUCUAUGGAUGCUGUGUGUUGUCCCUCACAUACAGCAGGCCUGUUUUGUUCACCAAAUGAAGCCUCUCAUAAUCUGCAACAAUGGCUCCAGUUACUUAAGAUGUCGUACAGCAGUCAGUCAAACACAGAUGGGAUUUGUAGUUUUUAAACAAAACCCAUAGCUUUCUUUUCCUCAUUUUUCACAUCUCUCUUAUUGUAAAUGAGUGUGACUGUUACAUUUUGGUUUUAAUGUAAUCAGGAGGAGACGUUCAUCAACCGUGUGGAGGUCAAGGUGAAGAUUCCUGAGGAGCUGAAGCCAUGGCUGGUGGAUGACUGGGACCUUAUUACCAGACAGAAGCAGGUGGGGGUCUAGACAGCUGUCUACCAGGGUUGGGCUCAAUUCCAAUUGAAGAUGGUAAAUUCAGGAAUUUGAAUUUUAAACUUCAAAAAUUGAAAAACUCAUUUAAAAUAGAUGGCUUUUUUUCUCUGAAAUUAUUGAAUUGGAAUUUCAGUUCCUGAAUUGACUGCCUUCACUUCAAAUUGAACCCAACCCUGCUGUCUACCAUGGUCAGAAGAUGGCAACAACAAUUUACUGGCAAGACAGUCUUUCUCUACAAGUUAAUUCUUUACAGGAUUUUGUUUGUUUAAGCGUAUUUAUGAGGUUCUUGCCAAAUAUGUAUACAUUAUAUUUUUCUAUAUAUAUUUUUUUUUUUUAGCUUUUUCACUUGCCCGCGAAAAAGAAUGUGGAUACUGUCUUGGAGGACUAUGCAAGCUAUAAGAAAUCAAGAGGAACUUCAGAGAGCAAGUAAGCAAAACCACACCCCUCUCGACGCUGCAGUAGGAGUGAAGUUACAAUUAAAAAGGUCAUCUGAAUAGAAACCAGGCAAUUACAAAGUAGGCCUAUAUCUGGUUGUUUAUCAAAGUUCGCUAGCUGUAAUUAUCUUGCUUGGUGAAGUUCAACCUGGGUAUCACACAUUCUUUAGCCCCAGCUGUGAACACACCAGCACUGCGUGUUCACUUAUCUCCUGUCCUGGUUCCCCUCAGGGAGUAUGCUGUGAACGAGGUGGUGGCAGGGAUCAGGGAGUACUUCAACGUCAUGCUGGGCACUCAGUUGCUCUAUAAGUUUGAGAGGCCCCAGUACGCAGAGAUACUGGCGGAUCACCCCGACACACCCAUGUCCCAGGUCUACGGGGCCCCGCACCUGCUCCGGCUCUUUGGUACGUAGCCACCAGGGGUGGGGGGGGGGGGUGCGUAUAUAAAGUGCAUAUAUAAUGGUCGGUCUGAAUGAGGAGCAUCUGAAGUGUCCUCUGGACUGUAACUUUGAACUAAUAUUUCAGUUUGAAUCUCAGGAGACCAAGGUUGUGGUGAUGGAGCUCUUUAGGAGAGGUGAAGACCGAUGGGAAAUAGUUCUCUCUUUUUAGUUAUUAGAGAGCCGUAGGAAAGUUUAGUACCGUUUUUCUACUCUUCUCCUACCACCUGUCAUUGGUGCACUGUGACAUCACCCACGAAAGCUCUCAUCUCACGCCGUACUGCUAAUGAAGGAGACUUUUAAUAGAUUUCUGUGUCGGCCAUUUUCACAGCGGGGAUGAGAGUUUACUUUCUCCUCCCGAGGCUUUUGGAGUCAAUGGGGUGUAAGAGAAAGUGUAACGUGCAAUACCCGGGGAAGGCCAGAAAGUCCAAGUGUCUGCGGCUGCCACAAAUUGCAUCCAGAAUCCCAUUUUGUUAGUUAAUGAAUGAAAGCGGUGACUUUGAGCAGAUCUUUAACCACCAGCAAUUGGGUUCUGAUCUCAAACCGGUGUGAUCAUCAACCGGAGUAAAUGCCAGGGACAUUUGAAAGCAUCUCGUUAAGAGCCAGGUUGAACAGGUUGAACUGAGGUUAGUGUAAUCAAUGGCUGUGUCAAACACUUGAAGGUUGAACGCCAGGCGUCAAUUGGCUGUGCUCUCUGCAAACGAAAACUGCUGAAAUUAUUUAGGAGUGCGUUUAACAAAGUCACAACACACUUUACAGAUUUUAAAUUUAAAAAAAUAUAUAGCAGUUUCCAUGGGUGUGAGGUUUUAUCAGCUAAUAAUUAUCUAUCCAUACCUGCAUUGAGAGCAUUUAUUCAAAUAAAUAUCUAACGCUAAUAUAGAUGAAUGUCUGUGUACAUAUGGUUGAAUCUGGUUCCUGACAGUGCUGUUCUUUGUGUUGUGCAGUGAGAAUUGGAGCUAUGCUGGCCUACACUCCCCUGGACGAGAAGAGCCUGGCUCUGCUACUCAACUAUCUGCAGGAUUUCCUCAAGUAAGAAGCCUCCCCUUGGCAGAGCAUUCCCUAACCUGGCUGGCCUAUCAUAUUUAUAUGUUGUCAUCAGAAGGUGUUCACCGUUGUAGCCCACUGACCACGAAAUGCUGCUAUCUAAUUUUGCACCUCGGCUCAGCCUAAGCUGGGCAACACAAUCUUGACACUGACAGAAAUUCUGAAAUUGGAAGUCCCCAACUUUCUGAUACCACUCUCACAAGAAGUUAUCAAGACCAUUGGAUUCCAGAGUAGACCUAAUCAUACAGCUUAUUUCAGUCAUCCUGAUGAAGCAAUUACAGUUCCUUUGUUCACUGUUGCUCUGUCAUCAAUGUUUUCCUUGCAGUCGGCCUAAAUGUCUCGCAUGGUGCUGUCUGUGUGUAUACCCUAGAGACUAUCUGUGAAAGAGGCCAUGAUCCUGAUCCUAUCCUAUUUCCUGUGAACAAUGUGGCCUUAUCCUAAUUGCUGCAGAUGAUUAUUUGGAUAAACUCCGUUAAAUGUCCAAAUGGAGGCUUGGUUAUAAUUCGUUACGAUGAGCUGAUACGCUCCUCAUUCUUCCACAGCCUGUAAUAUUUAUAGACUUCAUAGAGGCCUAUCACCUUUUAUGAAUACAGAUGCCAUGUUGUCAAUUUUAUAUGGCUGGUAAUUGACAUCCGAUCGCUUGUCCUCCUGUCUGUCUGUCGUAGGUAUCUAGUGAAGAACUCCUCCCUCUUCAGUGCCAGCGACUACGAGGUGGCGCCCCCAGAAUACCAUAGGAAAGCAGUCUGAGAGGAAAGUGCAGUUGGGGACGAUCGACCCCUUUCGGGAACACCAAGCCUCUUCCAGACUACACGUGACCAUCUAAACCUCUUGAGUGGAAAGCUGGACUCAAUUCUUUCACUUGAACUCUUUCUGGAGGUUCCCUGGAGUCUGUUGUCUUUGGAGCAGAGCUUUUAAGAUAGAAAGUGUUUUUCUUUCUUUCCCUCCUACGUAAAACAAAUGAGACAGGCAUGUUUUUCUCCCAA